AGCCGCUGCUGCCGUAAAGCGCAGUGGGCGCCCGCAGUCCGGAGGGGAGCGAGGUCAUUGCCGGAGCCGCUGGCGGGGCCCGGCUUCACAGCAGCAUGUGGCGCGUGUUCGCGCAGCGCCUCGCCCCGUGCGCGGCCCCGCGGCGAGUGCCCGGCGCGGCGGGAGCGAGCCCGGCCCGGGGGGCCCGCGCCCUGAGUGGAAGGAGCCUGGGGGCCGCGCAGCCCCCGCCGGGCCGGAGCUGGAGCCGGAGCGGCCCGGGCCCCGGCCACGGGGCGGCUGCUGCUGCUGAGGGAGCCCUGGCCCCGCCUCGUCCCCCGGCGGUGGUGCAGCCUCCCGCCGCACCAGAAGGUGCCUUUGCCGGCUCUUUCCCCUACAAUGCAGAUGGGGACUAUCGCUCGGUGGGAGAAGAAGGAAGGGGAGAAGAUCAGCGAGGGAGAUCUGAUUGCAGAGGUGGAAACAGACAAAGCGACUGUGGGGUUUGAGAGUCUGGAAGAAUGUUACUUGGCCAAGAUCCUGGUGGCAGAAGGGACAAGGGAUGUUCCCAUUGGGUCUGUAAUAUGUAUCACAGUUGAAAAGCCUGAGUUUAUUGAUGCCUUUAAGAAUUUUACCUUGGAUUCUGCAGCAUCUGCUGCUCCAGCAGCCUCAGUGCCUCUCCCUUCAGCAGCAGCUCCCCCCCCACCAGCUCAGCCCUCUGUGCAGGCUCCAGGCAGCUCCUACCCUCCUCACAUGCAGAUUCUUCUCCCUGCUCUCUCGCCUACGAUGACAAUGGGCACGGUUCAGAGGUGGGAGAAGAAGGUUGGUGAGAAACUCAGUGAAGGAGACUUACUGGCAGAAAUUGAAACAGACAAAGCCACGAUAGGCUUUGAAGUGCAGGAAGAAGGUUACCUGGCAAAAAUUAUGGUGCCUGAAGGAACAAGGGAUGUGCCAUUAGGAACCCCACUCUGCAUCAUUGUGGAGAAGGAGUCUGAUAUUCCAGCAUUUGCUGACUACAGAGAGACUGGAGUAGCUGACAUCAAACCACAAGCACCACUACCGAGUCCUCCCCCUCCGGCAGCAGCUCCUCCUCCCCAGCCCACUGCCCCUUCAGCUCCAGCAGUCACAUCACCUGGGGCUCCCGCACAUAAAGGAAGGGUAAUAAUUAGCCCCCUGGCGAAGAAAUUGGCAGCAGAAAGAGGAAUUGACAUUGUGCAGGUGAAAGGUACUGGACCAGAUGGCAGAAUCACGAAGAAAGAUAUUGAGUCAUUUGUGCCUCCAAAGAUUGUCCCUGCCCAGGCAGCCCCUAUUGCACCUGCAGCUCCAACAGCAGCACCACCUCCUUCAGGCGUCUUCACAGAUAUCCCCAUAAGUAAUGUUCGGAGGGUCAUUGCUCAGCGUUUGAUGCAGUCUAAACAAACAAUACCUCACUACUAUCUAUCUAUCGAUAUAAAUGUGGGAGAAAUACUGGAGCUCAGGAAAGAACUUAAUAAGGAGGUGUCAGAGAACGUUAAGCUUUCUGUCAAUGAUUUCAUCAUUAAAGCUUCAGCUCUGGCAUGUGUGAAGGUGCCUGAAGCCAAUUCCUCAUGGUUGGACACUGUUAUCAGGCAAAAUCAUGUAGUGGAUGUUAGCAUUGCAGUGAGUACUCCUGCAGGGCUUAUAACUCCCAUCGUGUUCAAUGCGCACAUAAAGGGACUGGCUUCCAUUAGUAAAGAUGUUGCCUCUUUGGCAGCCAAAGCACGAGAAGGUAAACUUCAGCCCCACGAAUUCCAGGGAGGCACUUUUACGGUUUCCAAUUUAGGAAUGUAUGGGAUUAAGAAUUUCUCUGCCAUAAUCAAUCCACCUCAGGCAUGUAUUCUGGCAGUUGGUACUUCAGAGAACAGGCUAGUGCCAGCAAAUAAUGAGAAGGGGUUUGAUGUGGCCAGCAUGAUGUCAGUUACUCUUAGUUGUGACCACCGAGUUGUGGAUGGAGCAGUUGGAGCCCAGUGGCUUGCUGAGUUCAAAAAGUUCCUUGAAAGGCCAACAACCAUGCUGCUAUAAUCGAACCAAACAACCAAGACUUUCCUAGGUCACAUUGUUCUGUUCUAAUCAAGCUAUUUAUAUUUCAGUGAUUAGACUCUAUUAAACAAAUUUUCCUUUUUAUUUUAAAUAUGUAUAUUAACUGGUAAUUUUUACCAGUCUGUACAGAUAAAUAGUUUGCAGAAGGCUUUACAGAGCAAUAUACAGUUAUACUGUAUUUUAUACAGUUAAUGAAUUUGCCAAUGUUUCUCAAAAAAAGUCAAGUGUUUUAGAUUUAAAAUCAUGUGAACACUCCUGAAUUGGGGCGGGGAGCAUACACAGAUAUAUCAUCUCUUGUGUUCUCAGAAAUAAGAGAACCAGACUGUAAACAUCUGUGCAAAAGAAUUUGUAAGGCUAGUUUUUUUUUUAAGUGAACCCUAAGUGGUCUGUUCUCCUGCUAGUAUUAGUGCGAGUGACAGGCACACACUGAGAGGAGGAAUAUUUUUUCAUAGGACAAAGGGUUCACAUUCCAAUUCCUCCUUGAAAUUCAACACUAGCUCAGAUUUUCACAGCUACGUGAUCUCUUUUAGAGGACUUUAAAAAAAAGGGGGGGGGGCAAGAGAGAAGUUACACUAAUCAGGCUAUCAAAACAAUAAAUCAAAUAUCUUCUAAUUGCCAGAGAACAUGCCCUAUCCUUGUGGAUUUUCACGUGUGUAUUUUUGUAUGAAAUUAUCUUAAAUGGCUGCUUUCCCUCUUGCAAUGUUAACAAUACACCCUAUUGCAAUGGAAAUGUUCUGCAGAACAGUCAGGAGAAUUUCUUGCUAUGUGUGUUGAUACCCAUUAUUAGCAUGUGUAAUUUGGCCAUUGGAAUUCCAUCCCUGGAAAUCAUUUCUGUGAUGACUUGGAUGCUUGAAAAUUGGUUUUUCAGACAUUCUUGACAUAGGAAUCUCUGACAUGAGUUGAGGUCAUUGAUAUCACAAUUCUUCGAUGAAAUGUCUUUACUGUCCCAGCCUUUGUGCUGUCCCAUGUAUAUAAUGUAUGUAAAAUGCUUUAAAUGGUUUUCUAUUGGACUUGUACCCAAAUACACUAAAAAUUGUGUCCUACAGUGCGGGGAUACAUUGGUGGCCACUCCCAAUAUUCCACUUUCCAAAGGGAAAUGUUAACUUAAAAAGGAUCAUGUAGUUGAUCAGUGACCAGGAGAGCUUGGUAGGAACAAAAGGUUAAAUAAAUUCUAUAUAGAAACUUAUUCUGUACCCUAUACAUUGCAUUAAGUAUUGUCUCUUGUAAAGUUGUGCUACAGAAUCCACUAAAGGUAAUACUGAAAAAAUAUACUGUGGAGAUGAAAUAUUUUUGUGAGAACUAUUUAACGUUUUACUUGGUGGGUUGCAGUUAUGCCUAACUUUGAUGGUUGGGUAAGAAGAAAAGUUGUUGCACUUAAGUUUAAAAAUGUUCUAAUUCUCUCAGUUCCAGAUUCUCUAGUGAGUCCAUGUGUUCUAUUAAACCUUUGGAAUUGUUAGACAAAUAAAAA